CAUCUCCGCCACUUUUCCCUCCCCAAAUCCGCCAUUAAAGCUGAAUUCUCUGAAGUUUUUCUUCGGCAUUUUCUUCUUGAUUCCAUUCCAGUGCCGUCGGGACGCUUUUGUUCAUCGGAAACCGCUUAUUUUCCGGCUCAUCAAUGUCGCAGUCGCUCCAAUUCCUCACUCCCUCCCGCUCCCCCUACCUCACUCUUCCAAAACAGACGGUCACUUCCUUGUAUCGUCGAUUCCCUGUUAUCAAGCUUUUGAUUGGAAAGCACUCCUUCCCUGCAGUCAAAUCCUCCUCUUCAGAUCUCGAUGCCACGUCAUCGAAAGUUGGUGCCGUCGACAACGGUCAAACCGUAGUGACCGGGGUUUUAUCCGCGGACUCCGUGGCGGUGCGGGUGCAGUCGGAUUCGGGGUCUCUUGAGGUGGAUACGGUGACGGAGGCGGAGCUGAAAGAGAACGGCUUUAGGAGUACGAGGCGGACCAAGCUUGUGUGUACGAUUGGGCCUGCGACGUGCGGGUUCGAGCAGCUGGAGUCGUUGGCGGUUGGGGGAAUGAACGUGGCUCGGAUUAACAUGUGCCAUGGCACCCGCGAGUGGCACCGCAGAGUGAUCGAGCGUGUCAGGAGGCUCAAUGAGGAGAAAGGGUUCGCGGUUGCCAUUAUGAUGGACACUGAAGGAAGUGAGAUUCACAUGGGUGAACUCGGAGGUGCUCCUUCGGCAAAAGCUGAGGAUGGGGAAAUCUGGACGUUUAGUGUUCGAGCUUUUGAUUCGGGUCUGCCAGAACGCACCAUUAUCGUAAAUUAUGAUGGUUUUGCUGAAGAUGUGAAAGUUGGUGAUGAACUCCUUGUAGAUGGUGGAAUGGUGAGGUUUGAGGUGACUGAGAAGAUUGGUCCCGAUGUCAAGUGUAGGUGCACUGAUCCUGGAUUGUUGCUUCCACGAGCUAAUUUGACUUUCUGGAGGGAUGGGAGUCUUGUCCGUGAGCGUAAUGCCAUGCUUCCCACCAUUUCUUCCAAGGAUUGGUUGGAUAUUGACUUUGGGAUUGCAGAAGGUGUUGAUUUCAUCGCAAUAUCCUUUGUCAAGUCUGCUGAAGUGAUUAAUCACCUUAAAAGCUAUAUUGCUGCACGGGCACGGGAUAGUGACAUUGCUGUUAUUGCAAAGAUAGAGAGUAUUGACUCAUUAAAGAACUUGGAAGAGAUCAUACGAGCAUCCGAUGGGGCUAUGGUUGCAAGAGGAGAUUUAGGUGCUCAAAUACCAUUAGAACAGGUCCCAUCAGCCCAGCAAAGAGUUGUAAAGCUAUGCAGGCAGCUAAAUAAGCCAGUGAUAGUUGCAUCUCAGCUACUUGAAUCUAUGAUUGAGUACCCUACACCCACCAGAGCUGAAGUUGCCGAUGUUUCUGAAGCAGUGAGACAGCGAGCAGAUGCUUUGAUGCUCUCUGGUGAGUCAGCCAUGGGACAGUAUCCUGAGAAGGCAUUGGCUGUUCUGAGAAAUGUUAGCCUGAGGAUUGAGAGAUGGUGGAGGGAGGAGAAACGCUAUGAAGCAAUGGAACUUCCAGAUGUGGGAACUUCAUUUGCAGAUAGUAUUUCAGAAGAGAUUUGCAACUCUGCUGCUAAGAUGGCUAACAAUUUGGAGGUGGAUGCCCUUUUCGUCUACACGAAGACAGGACAUAUGGCAUCUCUCCUAUCACGUUGUCGACCAGACUGCCCCAUCUUUGCUUUUACAACCACCACUUCCGUGCGUAGGCGUCUGAACCUACAGUGGGGUCUGAUACCCUUCCGCUUGAGCUUCUCUGAUGAUAUGGAAAGUAAUCUUAACAAAACCUUCUCCCUACUCAAGGCCAGAGGAAUGAUAAAAUCAGGUGACCUUGUAAUUGCCGUAUCCGACAUGUUGCAGUCCAUCCAAGUCAUGAAUGUUCCUUGAAACUUACAGCCUUCCACCUGCAACCAAGAUUGUUCUAUCUAGUACAACAUUAUCAGUAUUCAUAUUUAUAAACAAGUUGGUCACCACCAGCGAGAGAAUCACUUCUCAAGAGGAAAACCGGGAGCAAUCACAACCCAGAUCCUGUUUAGACUCAAGUUCACUGAGGUUCAUUACCGCGCCUGAAUCUGCAGCAAGAAUGGAUAUUUCUACUUUUUCCUUGAAUCUGUUUACAUUGUUGGAGCACAAAUCACAAUCCUGGAUGCUGGCAAUUUAAUGUCGGUUAGGGCAGGGGUGAUCUAUGUAAUAAUAGAAUGAAUGGACACUGUUUGUCAUUUUUCUCGAACAUUAUUGCUUAUGUUUUUCUUACCUAAAAAGUUUCCCUUUGAAGAAAAACGUAUGAUCAGCAAUUUGUAGGCAGUCCCUUUUUGACUGUUCAAUCUGCAUCACUUCACUUCCUAUCUUUUCC